CCAGCAGUAGCAGAAAGGAUGGACAAGCCGCCGGCCAGCGACGACGCGCCGCUCGACAUCUCGUGCGCCCAAUGCUUGGACGAUGCGUUCAAGUGCAUCACCGUCGGCUACCAAAUGACGUACUUCUACCGCCACGGUGAAGUGGACUCGUGCAAUGGCCGCUGGACCGACAUCCUGCGCUGCUUCCGCAUCAAGACGAUGAAGCCCACCGACGCCAAAGAGUACCUGAAAGGAUCCAACAUCGAUCCGGAGCGUGAGCCCCAUGUCGCGUCCGUCUGGAACCUCAAGCAGCGCCCGGGCUGGUAGUGUAGCCUCGCUGAAGCAAGUUGCGCACUGCUCCUGCACGACACUGCGACACUUAAACAACAUCUAGACCGUUGCUUUACAUCG